ACCGAUUAGUUACGGAAAUUCUGAAAAGUUUACUUUUUAAAUUAAAUCAUUUAAAUAUUUAAAUAUUUAAUUAUCAAAUAAUGAGAUGAGAGUGUGAGACACAAAAUUUGAAAUAUAAUUUUUUACCAAAAACGUGAGAGCAUAUCGAGGCGAUAGUGAAUAUUCAAAAUCAAAAUUGAAACAUGGAGAGAGGCAGACGAAAUGGAAGAAAGUGAAAAUAGGGCGCUGUUGCGUUGCGGUUCUUGAAUUGAGUUUUUUCAUUCUUUACAGAGAUAGGGAGAGAAAGCGAGUAUUCAGAGAGAGAGAGAGAGAGAGGGAGAGGGAGAGGGAGAGGGGAGGGCUAGGGUUUUUGUGAAGAAGAAGAAGAAGAAGAAGAAGAAGAGGGAGAUGACGCAGGUGAUACUGCACAUAUACGACGUGACGAAUAGUGGAUCGGACAAGACCAAUAACACCAUUCUUCACAUCAACAAGAUCUUCAAGGACGGUAUUGGCCUCGGUGGUAUUUUCCACAGCGCUGUUCAGGUUUAUGGAGAUGAAGAAUGGUCAUUUGGGUACUGUGAACAAGGAACUGGAGUUUUCAGUUGCCCUUCUGGAAAGAAUCCAAUGUAUACAUAUCGUGAAUCUGUUGUUCUUGGAGAAACAAACUCUUCAAUCUUCAAGGUAAAUCAGAUCUUGAGGGAACUGAGUAGAGAGUGGCCUGGGAAUUCGUAUGACUUGUUAGCAAAAAACUGCAAUCACUUCUGUGAUGAGUUCUGCGAAAGACUUGAAGUGCCAAAGCUUCCAGGCUGGGUUAAUCGUUUUGCCAAUGCUGGUGAUGCUGCCAUGGAAGUUGCAGGAAAUACAGCUCUACGGUUGAGACAAGCCAAGACAGAGAUAGUAUCAGCAAGCAAAGUGGCUUACCGUUUCCUUUUGGGAGUUGCUAAUAAUGCCGGGGGUUCUCCUGAGUCCCCGGGAAAUUCAAACAGAGGCACUCCUAGAUUUCAAGGUACGUGGUUUAAAAACCUUGUUACUACCGGUGCAAAACCGUCUAGUAGCUCAGAAAUUGAGAAUCAGGAUGAGGAUAGACGUCGGCAGCAACAAUCACCUCUCCGGCAAAAUUCACGGUCAUCUCUACAUGAUGUGUGAGUCCUGAAGAUCGUAUGGUGCUUGGGGCGGGCAAGGUUCUUUGUGUAGCAUGCCUUUUGUUAGUUUGCAACUAUAGAUAUAGACCUACGAUGUAAGGAUAUAGUUUCUGUAAUCCAAUGUUUUCUUGGCUUGGGUAUGUCCUUUUAAGUUCUUACGCAAGCCAAUCUCA